CAUGUGCUUCUGUAACCGUCAUUUCAUAAUUAUCUUCAGUAAUGGCAGAGUCCGCGAAAUCUGUAAUUGAUUUAGUCGACAAACUGGCAGGUGAUAGGAGCCAUGUAAUGAUUAAUACAUGAUGUAUAAACGUACCAUAGAUAUUUAAAAUAUAUAUAUAAUAUACAUACAAUUAAAGGGGUCGGAAAAGUGAAGUGCAGCGGCGAAGGUAAUCCUAUCAUGGCGUUUAUUAAUUUUAUGUUUUGCUGUUUUCUUUUCUGUUUGCCGAUUAACACAUGUGUAGCAUCAAUAAUCGAUAUUGAGGAGUUUUUACUUUCUUUGAAGUCGUGUUUGAGACGCCUAGAGCAAGCGGAACUUCGUAGAGACAUAAUACUGAUGGAAGUUUUGUUUCUUAAACUAGAGAGUCAUCUCGAAAUUAUAGCAGCAAUUCUUAUUUCUUUUUUCUACGCUGAUAUUCAACAUCCAAGUUUGAUUUCCAUCUUUGAACAAAUUCACACAGAUCUGAAAUGUGCAGUUGAAUCUUUACGCAUUAAUAUUGACUCUAUGCAAGUAAAUACUUGCGACUCUACCUACAGAACCUUGGCAGCGAGACAAGGACACGUGGGAAUACCAAGAUUUUCAAUCAGAAGUAACCAGAUCGAUUUUCUUCGGAAAAUGGGAUUUUCAUGGAAAGCAAUUGCAAAAUGCCUGGGAGUCUCCGUUUCUACUGUGUAUCGCAGAAGAAAAGAAAUGGGAAUGGAUACCUCCCAUCACAACAGAUUUUCUGACAUGAGUAAUCACAUUCUUGAUGAUGAAAUACAACACGUUUUGUCUCUUACUCCCAAUGCUGGAGAAAGCUAUGUCAGGGGCAGUCUUGUGCAGAGAGGAGUGAGAGUGCAAAGGUGGAGGGUUCGGGAGCGGCUUUCUAUUUUAGAUCCAGUUGGAAGAGCUGUAAGAAAACGAAGAGCAAUUAGACGCAGAGUUUACAAUGUGCCCGGGCCAAAUCAUUUAUGGCACAUUGAUGGUAACCACAAGCUAGUGUCAUGGAGAUUUAUUUUCCAUGGAUGUGUGGAUGGCUUCAGUCGACUUCUCAUCUACUUAAAAUGUUGCACAAAUAAUUUGUCCCAAACAGUUUUAACACUGUUUGAAGAUGGAGUAUCUAAAUUUGGACUACCAUACCGAGUUAGGGGGGAUCUAGGGGGAGAGAAUAUUCGAGUUGACCGCUUUAUGAUUACUAUGAGGGGUGUAAAUAGAGGUAGCUUCAUAGCGGGAAGGAGUGUUCAUAACCAACGAAUUGAGCGGCUGUGGGCAGAGCUCAACAGAGUGGUCAUACACUACUACAGUGACUUGUUUCACUGGAUGGAAAAUCAGGGAAUAUUAGAAUCUAUAAGAGGGUACCACAUUUAUGCUCUUCAUUAUGUUUAUUUGGGCAAGAUCAAUAGAUCUGUCACAGAAUUUGUGCACCAGUGGAAUAACCACACCUUGAGUACUGAAGGACAUCGUUCUCCUUACCAGUUGUGGACUGAAGGAAUGUUGCAGAACAGUACUGUUCUUCAUGAUGUGCCUGUAUCAGAAUAUUAUAUCAAUGGUGCUCAAAAUCCAGACUAUGAUACCAAUGACCAUAUAUUGCAUGAAAAUACACUGCUGUCUGAAGAGCAAAUAAACUACCUCCAGUCAAUGGUAGAUCCGAGCACUGAUGAUUUAAAUUAUGGAAUAGAUCAUUAUAUGUUCACGUGUCAUAUUUUACAGAGCGUUUUUGGUUAUGAAGCGUGAUGUUUGAAGUCACAUAGAAGUACAAAAAAAUCUUUCUACUGCUCAUCAAAUAUUACAUUUAAAGAGUGGCCCAACAGUCACACACUCAGGAUUCCUGAGUGUAAGACUGUUCAUCAAAUUGAACUGUAUAUGGUCACACAGAAUGCACCUCAGAUAGAUGGGAGAUUUUCAGGGUGAUUUUUAAAGCUUUUUGCUCCACAGCAAAAGCUUCUCCAGAUUUUCUGAAAGUAAUUGUAAAAGUUUAAAGGUGCAAAUCUAGCCAGAGACAAUGUAAGUAUGGAAGAGAAAUAAAAUUAUUUUUUGAAAACA